AUCCCACAGAGCCACAUUCCAGAGCUCAAGAGCUCGGACCCUUCCCCAAUUCUUGAAGCCCUGUGGAAGAGAGGGAGGUCUUUCUCUCCAUGCUCCUUUUUUGGGAACUGCCUGGCAUUGAGGCCAGGGGGACAGGACUACCUGUGAGGAGGCUGGGUCACAGGUUGCUCUGAGCCUGCUCCUGCAAAGAGUGACAGCAAGACCAGAAGUGGGGACAUAGGAAGCUAGAAUGAGAUGGGCCAGGGCCUCCCCAGCACCUGGUCACCCUCUUAUCCAUGGACAGAGGCAGCUAUGACAGAGGAGGUAUGGGUAGGCACCUGGAGACCCCAUCGCCCCAGGGGGCCCAUCAUGGCCCUCUACAGCAGCCCUGGACCCAAGUACCUGAUUCCACCCACCACAGGCUUCAUGAAGCACACACCCACCAAGCAGCGAGCUCCGGCCUACAGCUUCCGUGGGGCCCCCAUGCUCCUGGCAGAGAACUGUUCCCCAGGGCCCCGCUACAGUGUGAACCCUAAGAUACUGAGGACUGGCAAGGACCUUGGCCCUGCCUACUCCAUCCUGGGGCGCUACCACACCAAAACAAUGCUAACACCUGGCCCAGGUGACUACUUUCCAGAGAAAUCUACCAAGCAUGUGUUCGACUCAGCACCCAGCCACUCCAUCUCUGCCCGAACCAAGACCUUCCGAGUGGACAGCACCCCAGGCCCUGCUGCAUACAUGCUGCCUGUGGUGAUGGGGCCACGCACGGUGGGCAAGGUCUCCCAGCCCUCCUAUUCCAUCAAGGGCCGGAGCAAGCUGGGCAGCUUCAGCGACGAUCUGCACAAGACCCCAGGUCCUGCGGCAUACCGCCAGACUGACGUGCAGGUGACCAAGUUCAAGGCUCCACAGUACACCAUGGCUGCCCGGGUGGAACCCCCAGGGGACAAGACCCUCAAGCCAGGACCUGGAGCCCACAGCCCUGAGAAGGUGAUCCUGACCAAGCCUUGUGCCCCGAUUGUCACCUUCGGCAUCAAACACUCUGACUACAUGACACCCCUGGUUGUUGACGUGGAAUAGCCCCAGCCACCCCUGUCAGCCUGUACAUAUCACAUCCCACAAGAGAUCUGCAGGGCUGACAGUGAACUGAAAGCUCCAUCAGUUGGGCCAUGGCUGGCCUGGACCUGUGGGGCAGAGCAUGCUUGUUUGGACAGUUGCGAAAGUGAUAUUUUUCUAUGCUAACUUCCCAUUUGCUAAUCUUGUUUCCUGCUGUGCCUGAAUUAUUUAAUAAAUCACGGAUUCCACUUGUAA